GGUGGGUCAUAAACGUUUCUCUUACCUAACUUUAAACUUCUAUAUAACAGGCCGAUCCCCCUCGGUGCUAUGCAUUUACUCAUUCUCUUCACACCAGUGACUUAGUGGACAUCAGAAGGAGCAAACAAGUGUAAUUGCAGCAGACCACAAUGGGAAAGCACAACUAUGGGCGACUUGCUGCCAUAAUAAUAUCUGUUGCCGUCUAUGCAGUAAGUCUGGUGUUCAACGGGCUUUCUGUGGUUGGAGUUGGUCCCUAUACUACGACUACAAGCAAUGUGUCGGCUGUGUACGACACAGAGCUCACUCCUUCGGGGUGGACCUUCAACAUCUGGACCGUCAUCUACAUCUGGCUGUCUGCAAUGAUUGUUUACAUUGUUUCUGGUCUUUGCAGAAGGAAUGGUUAUGGAUAUAUCUACUGCAGCCCCGCAGUGUUGCCCUAUGGAUUCUUCAUCAGCUGGUGUCUCAAUCAAGGAUUCAACAUUUCUUGGCUUCUUGUUUGGGACAGAGGACUGAUGAUUCCUGCGCUCAUUUUCCUCAUCCUGCUUAUCUGUACAAACUACUCCAUGGUUGGCUUUAUCUGUCACGGGCUUCACGUUUACGGACCCUGGCUCAACAAGUACAGCAAAGUAGAUCUGUGGCUCAUUCGCAUGUUGGUUCUCAAUGGUGUGAUGAUAUACACGACAUGGACCACCAUUGCAACGCUCCUCAACCUGACUAUUGUGCUGAAGUAUGAGGCCAACAUGUCCACAGCAGACUCUGCCACCCUAUCAUACUCUCUGUUGUCUGUGGUGCUGCUUGGGUGGUUCGUUGUGGAAAACUUUGUUCUGGACAAACAUUUGCGGUAUGUUUUCAUUCCUUACAUUGUUGUGAUCUGGGCUCUGUCUGGAAACAUGGACAAGAAUUAUGACGCCACCUCACCCAGCCGCAAUGGCAUCUUCAUUGCUGUCCUGCUGGCUGUAUCCUGUGUGCUGUUUGCCAUCCGGAUUGUUUUAGUAGUUUGGAGACACAUCAAGCACCCACUGUAUGAAGACGCAGGUCCCAAAGCCUUGGAGGUGUCCGAAAUAGCUGAGAAGCAGAAAAAAAUAUUUCGUUGAGAACUUUUGUGUAUAGCAAGCAAACAAAGCUGCCUUUUCUAUUUAAACUACAUAUUUUUGUGUAUAUUCUUACACAUUAACUUUCACUGCAGUAUAAUUUUGCUACUAUGCUUUUGACUGCCUGAUCUAUAAAACUCUUAUGGUUGUUGCCUCAAAUUUAGAUAAGACUUUUUUAGAAAUACUGUGAUUACAUUAUAAAUACAGCAGUUCAAAUCAG